UUUCUCUUCUUUUUUUUUUUUACUAUUUUCUUUCCUUAUCUUUUUUGCCCCCGCUGCCUGAAUUUUGCCAUGGUCGCCAGGCAAAGGAUUGGGCUUUGGGCCAGACGAGUCGACCAGGCCCAAAGGGGGCUAGCGCGGCGGUGCCCCUCGAGCGACGGAAAAUCGACCGUGAAAAAAACCCCACCACGAGAAACUGGAAGGGAAAAGCGCCACUAAAUAUUAAUCUUCAAUUUUCCCCUCCUCCUUCUCCCCCUUCUUCUCCUCUUCCUCCGUCUCUCUCCUCAUCUGUCUUUUCCCUUCUAUACCACCUUUCUCAUCUACAUUCACCACCCGCCAAAAUGAUCAUCUACAAGGAUAUCAUCUCCGAUGACGAGGUUCUCGCCGAUACCUACAACAUCAAGACCGUCGACGGUGUCCUCUACGAGUGCGACUGCCGCAAGUACCUCAAGAAGGCCAACGAGGACUUCGAGCUUGAGGGUGCCAACCCCUCCGCCGAGGGUGGUGAUGAUGAUGCCGGUGGUGAGGGCGAGUCCGUCAUGGUCCACGACAUUGAGGACCAGUUCCGUAUGAACUGGCUCAAGGUCGAGGAGGGUCUUAAGCCCUCCAAGGAUGCCUUCAAGGCUCACCUCAAGACCUACAUGAAGAAGGUCCUCACCAAGCUCACCGAGAAGGGUGCUCCCCAGGAGACCAUCGAUGAGUUCAAGAAGGGUGCCCCCGGUGCCGUCAAGAAGAUCCUUGCCAACUACGACAACUACGAUGUCCUCAUGGGCCAGUCCAUGGAUGGUGAUGCCAUGCACAUCCUGAUUGACUUCCGCGAGGACGGUGUCACCCCCUACGCCACCCUCUGGAAGCACGGUCUCGAGGAGAUGAAGGUCUAAAUUCUCCUUACAGAAAUGUGGAGAAUUGUUGUCAUGAAUCAAAAAGAUAAGAAGAGAUACACACAGAAUAUGCGAUCAUUCUUAUGCGAGCACCCACGGGUUGUGGACGUCAGGGCGUGAAGAUGGAGAUGUCCCUAUCUCCGUUGCAACUUCUGGCUAUUUCUAAUCCCCAUACCUCGAUAUAAUAUCGCUCCUGCGUCGCAUUUCUUGCUGCGUCCUUCUUGAUUAAGUCACGCCUCAUGAAGUCCAUAACUACGUUUUUUUCUUCAUAUUACUUGAUGGUGUCAUCCGUCUGAAUCCAUAAUUCACGACAAGCCGUACUGCCAGAAUCGCAGCUCUAAGGUCUCUGUCAUGCGUAAUCCGUAAAUUUCAAACCUAGAUUUGAGAAUAUCACUC